UUGAUUAGUUAUCGAGGUCGAUCUUGCUUAGCCGUUCCUUUUAGGUUUUCAACUUCUGGCGACGCUCGAACAUCAUCGUCGAGUUUGAAUGAAGCACGUCAAGUACUACCGAAUGGGAAAGAGGCUCCGCUUGAGUCGUUUGGAGUCGCACUUUAUGAGCUUGGUUUCAGCUAUGGUCCAGAGUUCAUAAGACCUUCGCCCCAAUUACGAACAUCGUGGAUACGUGACGAGCGUACCGGCAAAAUGGUUUCUUUAGUACGAAGCGAUGAUGAUGAUUUUGAUGAGUUAAAUCCCGCUCGACGGCACCGAGAACGCAAUGAGAAGUGGACGGACUCAAAACGUGAUGCGGAUCGUGUUCGUCACACAUCUAACAAUAUAACGAUUAUCACACUGGGCGAUGAUUCGGUUAUUUGA